AUGGAUCAGAACGCCUUGUGGAGUAUAUUCAGAAGAAUUGACAAAAAUGGAAGUGGAAAUAUAACUGCUGACGAAUUGCAAUCUUGUCUAUCGAACGGUUUGGGAACGAUGUUCAACAUAAGAACAGUACAGUUAAUGAUUACAAUGUUUGAUUGUGAUAUGAAUGGAACAAUUAGUUUCGAUGAAUUUGGUAAACUUUUUAAGUAUGUAAAUGAUUGGCAAAAUUGUUUCCGACAAUUUGAUCGAGAUAACUCCGGUUCAAUUGACCGUCAAGAACUCAGUACUGCUUUGAUGAGGUUUGGUUAUAGUCUAUCGCCACAAUUUAUAAAUUUUAUGGUUCGUCGAUUUGGUCAUAAUCGUCGAGAAUCUAUUUCAUUUGAUGAUUUCAUUUAUGCAUGUGUCUGUUUACAAAUUCUCACGGGAGCAUUCAGGCGAUAUGACUAUAGAAUGAUUGGUCAAGCUCAGUUUUCAUUUGAACAGUUUCUUACAGCAGCAUUUUCAGUUGUUAUAUAA